AUGGGAAAACACGAGAAAGGAAGUUCAAAAGAUUUGGCGAAUCGAACAAAAUCAAAAGGUUUGCAGAAGCUGAAAUGGUUCUGUCAAAUGUGUCAAAAACAGUGUCGUGAUGCGAACGGAUUCAAAUGUCAUUUAACUUCAGAAGCACAUCAACGUCAAUUACUACUCUUUGCUGAAAAUUCGAAUUCUUAUUUACGCCAGUUUUCGAAUGAUUUUGAGAAGAAUUUCAUGCAGUUAUUACGGACUUCCUAUGGAACAAAACGUGUCAGAGCGAACGAAGUUUAUAAUGUGUAUAUUAAAGAUAAGGGUCACGUUCACAUGAACUCAACUGUAUGGCACUCUCUAACCGGCUUCGUUCAAUAUCUCGGUUCUUCUGGUAAAUGUAAGAUCGACGAAGGUGACAAAGGAUGGUAUAUUGCAUACAUUGAUCAGGAAGCUGUAAUUCGAAAAGAAGAAGAUCAAAGAAAACAACAGCAAGAACGAGAUGAUGAAGAGAGACACAUGCAGAUUGUAGAAGAAAUGGUUGCACGUGGAAAAGAAUUAGCCGGUGGAGAAGUUGAUGAAUAUGAAGCGACAGAGCUUGUUCGUGACACUCCGGACCAAAAAAUUCAGUUAGAUUUGGGAUUUUCUGAAAAGAAACCGAUCACUUCUACCAUUUUCACUUCUAAAAACACUUCAAUUUUCGAUCUAAAACCUGUCAAAAAAGAAGAUCCGGAUGGACCCGGACCGUCAGGAUCAUCUGGAUCAUCUAACAGGAAACGAUCACGAUCAAGGAGUCCAGGACCUUCGAAAAGCUCAAAAUCAUCCAAAAAAUCAGCACUUGACGAAAUUAAAGAAAUGGAAGAAAGAAAAAAAGAAAGAAAAAAUCGGAAGGAUUAUUGGAUGACAGAGGGUAUUGUUGUAAAGGUAAUCACAAAAUCACUUGGCUCCAAUUAUUACAAAGCGAAAGGAAUUGUGAAAAAGAUGAUCGACGACUAUACGGCCCAAGUGAAACUCGACGACGGAACAGUAGUGAAACUGGAUCAGGAACACGUGGAAACGGUGAUUCCUUCGAUUGGAAGACAAAUGUUGGUGGUUAAUGGAGCAUAUCGAGGAGCAGAAACGACGCUUGAAUCGAUCGACGAAAAACGAUUCUCCCUCCGACUGAAAAUCGCCGCUGGACCGACACGAGGCCGUGUGAUCGAAGUUCCUUAUGAAGAUGCCAGCAAAUUGGCUUGA